AUGGAUGGACUAAAUAGGUGUGGUAUGGAAAGAGUGCAUGUAGUGAAGUGGAGAGCGUGUGAGGAGAGCGGAAAGAGGAAAGAGGACAGAGGACAGAGGACAGAGGACAGAGGACAGAGGACAGAGGACAGAGGACAGAGGACAGAGGACAGAGGACAGAGGACAGAGGAAAGCGGUGAGAGUGAGGGACGGGGAUUCGUGUGGUGUAGAUAUCGAGGUGGGUGA